GGCGUUGCGCGCGGCCGAGGCGGAGAGGUGGGAGCGGGCGCCGCCGCCGCGCGCUCGGGCUGAGCGGCCGCGGGGCCGGGACGGGCACAGCGGGCAGCGGCACCGGCGGGACGCGACGCGACGCAACGGGACGGGCAGCAGCGGCCGCAGCCAUGGAUCACUACGACCCGCAGCAGACCAAUGACUACAUGCAGCCGGAGGAGGACUGGGACCGGGACCUGCUCCUCGACCCAGCCUGGGAGAAGCAGCAGAGGAAGACAUUUACAGCAUGGUGUAAUUCUCACCUCCGCAAGGCUGGGACACAGAUUGAGAACAUAGAGGAAGAUUUCAGGGAUGGUCUUAAACUCAUGUUACUUCUGGAAGUCAUUUCAGGUGAACGUCUGGCUAAGCCUGAAAGAGGCAAAAUGCGAGUGCACAAAAUAUCCAAUGUGAACAAGGCCUUGGAUUUCAUUGCCAGCAAAGGAGUCAAGCUAGUAUCCAUUGGAGCAGAAGAAAUUGUGGAUGGCAAUGUUAAAAUGACCCUUGGAAUGAUCUGGACCAUCAUCCUUCGUUUUGCCAUUCAGGAUAUCUCAGUUGAAGAAACAUCUGCUAAAGAAGGACUUUUGUUAUGGUGUCAGAGGAAGACAGCCCCUUACAAAAAUGUCAACAUCCAGAACUUCCAUAUCAGUUGGAAGGAUGGCCUUGGUUUCUGUGCUUUAAUUCAUAGACACCGUCCAGAGCUCAUCGACUACGGGAAGCUACGAAAGGAUGAUCCACUCACUAAUCUAAACACAGCUUUUGAUGUGGCUGAGAAAUACCUGGAUAUUCCGAAGAUGUUGGAUGCAGAAGACAUUGUUGGAACUGCCCGUCCUGACGAGAAAGCCAUCAUGACCUAUGUUUCUAGCUUCUACCACGCCUUCUCAGGAGCCCAGAAGGCGGAGACAGCAGCAAAUCGUAUCUGCAAGGUGCUGGCAGUCAACCAAGAAAAUGAACAGCUCAUGGAAGACUACGAAAAACUGGCCAGUGAUCUGCUGGAGUGGAUUCGUCGCACCAUCCCCUGGCUGGAGAACCGGGCCCCAGAGAACACCAUGCAAGCCAUGCAGCAGAAGCUGGAGGACUUCCGGGACUACCGCCGCCUGCACAAGCCCCCCAAGGUCCAAGAGAAGUGCCAACUCGAGAUCAAUUUCAACACCUUGCAGACCAAGCUGCGGCUCAGCAACAGGCCAGCCUUCAUGCCCUCCGAAGGGAAAAUGGUCUCGGAUAUAAACAAUGCCUGGGGUGGCCUAGAGCAGGCUGAGAAGGGCUACGAGGAGUGGUUAUUGAAUGAAAUCCGGAGGCUAGAGAGGCUGGAUCACCUGGCAGAGAAAUUCCGGCAGAAGGCAUCCAUUCAUGAGUCCUGGACAGAUGGUAAGGAAGCAAUGCUGCAGCAGAAGGAUUACGAAACUGCGACCCUCUCGGAGAUAAAGGCCCUGCUGAAGAAACACGAGGCCUUUGAGAGUGACCUGGCUGCACACCAGGAUCGCGUGGAACAGAUUGCUGCUAUUGCACAAGAGCUCAAUGAGCUGGACUAUUAUGACUCACCCAGUGUCAAUGCCAGGUGCCAGAAGAUCUGUGAUCAGUGGGAUAAUCUGGGUGCCCUAACCCAGAAACGUAGAGAAGCCUUGGAGAGGACAGAGAAACUACUAGAAACAAUUGAUCAGUUGUACCUGGAGUAUGCCAAACGAGCUGCCCCUUUCAAUAACUGGAUGGAAGGGGCCAUGGAGGAUCUGCAGGACACAUUUAUCGUUCACACCAUUGAGGAGAUCCAGGGAUUGACCACAGCUCAUGAGCAGUUCAAAGCCACCUUGCCAGAUGCCGACAAGGAGCGACAAGCCAUCCUGGGAAUCCACAAUGAAGUCUCAAAGAUUGUCCAGACAUAUCAUGUCAACAUGGCAGGAACAAAUCCUUACACUACGAUCACCCCACAUGAGAUCAAUGGCAAAUGGGAACAUGUGCGGCAGCUGGUUCCCAGAAGGGAUCAAGCUCUGAUGGAAGAACAUGCUCGCCAGCAGCAAAAUGAACGACUUCGUAAACAGUUUGGGGCACAGGCCAAUGUCAUUGGACCCUGGAUCCAGACCAAGAUGGAGGAGAUUGGCCGCAUUUCAAUAGAGAUGCAUGGGACCCUGGAGGACCAGCUAAACCACCUGAGGCAGUAUGAGAAGAGCAUUGUGAAUUACAAACCAAAGAUUGACCAGCUGGAAGGAGACCACCAGCUGAUCCAGGAAGCGCUUAUCUUUGACAACAAGCACACCAACUACACCAUGGAGCAUAUCCGCGUGGGCUGGGAGCAGUUACUAACAACAAUCGCUAGAACCAUCAAUGAAGUGGAAAACCAGAUUCUGACCCGUGAUGCCAAAGGAAUCAGCCAGGAACAGAUGAAUGAGUUCCGGGCUUCUUUCAACCACUUUGACAGGGACCACUCCGGCACACUUGGCCCUGAGGAAUUCAAAGCCUGUCUCAUCAGCUUGGGUUACGAUAUUGGAAACGAUGCACAGAAGAAGACUGGUAUGAUGGAUUGUGAAGAUUUCCGAGCCUGCCUUAUCUCCAUGGGUUACAAUAUGGGAGAGGCAGAGUUUGCCCGCAUCAUGAGCAUCGUCGACCCAAACCGUCUGGGUGUAGUGACCUUCCAGGCCUUCAUCGACUUCAUGUCCCGGGAAACGGCAGAUACAGAUACUGCUGACCAGGUUAUGGCUUCCUUCAAGAUCCUGGCUGGAGAUAAGAACUACAUCACUGUGGAUGAAUUGCGGCGGGAGCUGCCUCCUGACCAGGCUGAAUAUUGCAUUGCUAGGAUGGCACCCUACAAUGGCCGUGAUGCUGUACCUGGUGCCCUGGACUACAUGUCCUUCUCCACAGCGCUCUACGGCGAAAGUGACCUUUAACUUUUUUCUGUCCCACCACACGCUCCCUCCCCUCUCCCCCGUCCAACACGCCCUAUUUUCUCUUUGCAAAGCAACCUCUGCUCCGCUCUUUUUUGUGUUUUCCUGUUUUGCUUCAGAUAACAGAUCACAUUUUUAAGUGGGGGGGAGGACAUUGACACGGGACCGCCUACCUUGCCCUUGAAAUAACAGUUUACAAAAUUAUUUUGUGCAAAAAAGUUACGUUUUAAAAAGAACAGACAUAUUUUAUUAUAGAAAAAGGUAUUUUUCUCCAUCAGAUUGAAACUUAAAAAGAAAAUGUUAAAAUAUUGCACCAAAUAUUUUUUGUUGUGACACAGAAAGUCAAGCACAAUGUUACAUUCCAUCCUUUCCAAAAAGAACCAAACUAUGACAAAAUUCCACUUGUUCUGUUAACUAUUACAUUCGCGUAUGUCUCUCUUAUCACGUUUAUCUUGGGAGGGGGGAAGGCACACAAGUGCAUGUGUUUGCUGGUUCACUCAUUUCAUGAAAAUAUUUUAUGAUAAACUUUUGAAAUGGCUGUGUUUUCUAGGGAAAAAUAAUGUACACAGCUCAUGUUUUCAUAUUUAAUUAAAAAAUACAAUACGCCUCCUAUGUUUAUCAGUGCACAACUUUUUUUGUUGCUGAGAGUUGUCUGGUUUCAGAACAUGAAGCUUGAGAGUUGAUAACUUUGAUAUUGCUUGUCACAAACCAUAUUAAAAACUUCUUGUGAUAACAA